AUGAACAAGACCCUUUUUGUCUUCGCCCUUGCAGUCGCCUCGGCCGUUGCUUCGCCCGUCGCCGAUGUUUCGGACGAGUCCGGCCUCCGGUCGCUUGAGGCACGUAAGGUCUGCGGCGCUGGCUACCUUGCCUGCCACUACCGAUUCUCCAGCCACAAUCCGGACCAAGCCGAAUACACUUGCAUGGAUCCCGACUGCGCCGACCUUCGAGACUGCACGUGCCCUCGGACAGCCUCCUUCAACAACAAGGCGGCCUUCCUCUUUGCCUCCGGCUGCCGCUCCAAAGCCGCGGCCGGCAACCACCCGAAAUGCUUUGUCAUACUCAAUUGGUAA